AUGACAUUUUCCCUUGGACUAGAGCAUGCGGUAGCGAUCGCGUCGUUCAUUUCAUGUUUCGUUUAUCUUUUUAGAAAGACUAAGUCUGAUCUCGAACACGGGCCUGAGUUCCUAACUCGUUUGGCUGCCGUAGGUAUUCGAAAUGAACGGCUAGCUUGGGUCAGGGCUACGAUUCGAUCGCUAUUCGAUAGUAAGAAAUGGGUUUCCGAAGGAUACGCUAAAUACUCCAAGUCGAAUAUACCAUUCAUCAUACCGAGUAUCGAGAGAGGGCCUACAGUUAUUGUCCCCCCGCGCCAGCUCAAAGGCAUAUACGGCCUGCCUGAGAACGUACUCGACGUUCAUGCCACACAAGACCAAACGCUCCAAUCGAGAUGGACCAUCUGGGAUAAGGAGGUCGCAAAUUUCGGCAUUCAUAUCAGUGUGAUUCGCCAUCAACUAACUCGAAACCUUGAAAUAUUGACGCCUACUAUCGCUGCCGAGAUCGAGCUGGGUUUCAAGCGAUGGUGGGGCACUGGGAAGGACUGGAAAGAGAUUUCUGUAUGGGACACAUGUCUGAAGCUCAUCGCCGGAGCUGCGAAUAGUGCCUUUUGCGGGAAACCACUCUGUCGUGAUACCGAGUUCCUGGAUAUGGUUCGAGACCAUGCCAUGGCAAUGUUCGGUGGUGCAAUCGUCAUCAAUGCCACACCCAAGCCAUUCAAAGCUUUAUCAGGCGUUGUGAUCGGCUUUCUAUGUCAUAUCUUAUUUAGGAAGACGUUGAAGAAAUGUCUCCCGUUCAUAAGAGAGCGACUCGACAAUACAUCAAAACUUCGCACCGAUCCCACCUGUUCUUGGACUCCUCCCUCAGACGGCUUGCAGUGGAUCAUUGACGAAUGCCACGCAAGCGGGAAUCCUGCCCACCUCUCCCCUGAACGUGUUUGUCAUCGCUUACUCCUCGUCAACGACAUAUCAAUGCACUCCACGAGCUUCACGGUACAUAAUGUCAUAUUGGAUCUUGCGAGCGUAGACGAGUCGACAGGCUACAUCGAAGCAUUGCGUGAGGAAUGCCGGACGGUCCUCCAAGAAGCCGGGGGCACCUGGACAUUUGAUGCGGUGAAAAAACUCAAACUUGUCGACUCUGCCAUUAGAGAAUCGAUGAGACUAACCCCAUUUGCCUCCACUGGUCUACCGAGGACACUUGAAAAUGCUACUACGUCCAUCCCGCCCGGGACCGUCUUAAGCGUUCCUAUCGAAGCCAUUCACCACGACGAAGACUUAUACCCAGAUUCAGGCCAAUUCAAAGCAUUUAGAUUCUCACGUCCUUUGAAAUUAGGGAAUGUCUUAAAUGGGUUCCCCAAAGACGGUAAAGUUGAUAGGGCACAGACUGACACGUUGAAGUCAUCGGCGACGCUCGACGACGCGUUUCUCGGCUUUGGCUUUGGCAGACAUGCGUGUCCAGGCCGUUUCUUCGCUCUCAAUGAGAUGAAGAUGUUUGUCGCCUAUAUGCUCUUGAACUACGAUCUGGAACAUAUUAAAACGAGGCCUAAGCUCAUUGAUCUGAUGUGGUUGAAGUUGCCGUUCCACAAUGGUAGAGUUAGAGUGCGCAGAAGAGACACCAGUAAUGUGGCGUGA